AUCCCCCAUGCUGUGAUGAGCCUGUGCACCAACGUGCCUUACCUGUGUAUCAUAUUGAUUGAUUGUUUGUUUGUUUGUUUGUUUGUUUGUCCCACAGACAUCCCCCAUGCAGUGAUGAGCCUGUGCACCAACGUGCCUUACCUGUGUAUCAGCCUGUGUGCCACCAUGGAGCUGUCUGUCGUCACCGGCUUCAUCACCUUUGUACCCAAGUUCCUGGAGUCCCAGUUUGGAGUCUCUGCUUCGGAGGCUAACCUCCUCACAGGAGUGGUGAUCAUCCCCAGUGCAGGCGGUGGCAUCCUGCUGGGCGGUUACAUCAUGAACCGGCUCAAGCUGGAUCUGAAGGGCGCGGCGCAGUGGUCGCUGGUCAGCGCCGUCGUGUCGCUCAUCUGCCUCGCCACGCUGUUCACCGUGGGCUGCCACACUAUCAACAUAGGGGGGCUCACCAUUCCCUAUAGUGACAGUCCCAACUUUGACCACCAGGCACCCAGUGAGUUCACAGCCAACUGUAACCUGCACUGUGACUGUGCCAUCCACUCGUACUCCCCCGUCUGUGGCUCAGAUGGUAUCACCUACUUCAGCCCCUGCCAUGCAGGCUGUCAUAAAGUCACCAACUUUCUAUGGGACGGACAGACCACCAAAUAUAACUACACUGACUGCAGCUGUGUAGCAGUUGUCUCUGUGGAAACCAUCAACACCAAGAAGUACCGCAUCGAGGAGCAGAAACUGAGAUAUGGAGGCCAUGUCAUCACAGGAAAAUGUCACCGUGACUGCGGCACGCUGGCGCCGUUUCUGGUGUUCCUGUUCAUCGUAACCUUCAUCACCUGCUGCGCACAAGUGCCUGCCAUGAUGGUCACCCUCAGGUCAGUGAAGAAGGAGGAGCGACCCUUUGCCCUUGGCAUCCAGUUUGUCCUCUUCCGAACACUUGCCUACAUUCCCGCCCCAAUCUACUACGGUGCCACCAUCGACACGGCCUGCAUUCUGUGGCAGCCGCUGUGCAACGGCGACAAAGGUGCAUGCUGGGAAUACGACGCCACCCGCUUCCGAUUCCUCUACUUCGGCCUGUCCGCCGGGCUCAAGGCCAUGUCCGUACUCUUCGUGUUCAUGACGUGGAUAUCCCUGCGAAGAGCGGCCACAGAAUACGUCGAGGACGCAGAAAACAGGAACACUGAUCCGAGCAACGGCUCGACGUUUAGCGAGGAGGGAGCGGUGGGGUACGACGUAUCAUACGACGUGUCAUUGGACGAAACGAGAACCACAAUCCUCAGUGAGGACGGUAACAUUAGUUUCCAAUCACCGAGAUCACUAUGUCCGCCUCUACAAGACGGAAUCUUAGCGUACGAGAGUCAUGUCUGAUGACAGAGUACUUAAAAUAGAAAUGGUUGUAAAAAAAAUGUGUGUAAAUGUUGGCUGUUUCUUUUCUCUGUGAUGUCCAAAAGCGGCCAGAUAUUAUGUAACAAGGACAAAAUUACAUGAAGACAAUCUAUAAAUGAAAAAUGUGAAUUGCUUGCUGCGCAUCUUCUAUAGUCUAAUCACAGAAAUGGAAAGAGCCAACAUUUCUUACAAAGCCCAUGUACAAAAUGUACUUAAUGCCACCUGUACUCUUCACAUGCUUUCCUGACCUGACCACCCCUUUACUGAGAUGGAUUGUUCCUAUAGAUACUGGUAUCUACAUGUACAUGGACUGGCCCAUCUCAGAACUGGGGGUGGCAUUGAAAGCACUCUGUACAGGAAGUUGCCAUGACCAAAGAGAGCACAUAUGGAUGAUAAUAUAUUUUAAAACUUUGAUGAUAAAGGGUGUAUAAAUCAGAGGUAACGAUAAUGUACAUGUAGACAAUGUCGGCAGGGUAGUUACCGAUAUCUACGUCUGCGCAUCGGACUUAACAAAAUCUCUUCAGGAAUGCUGAAUUACUGCUCCAAAUAUCACAGGCUUUCUAUCAAAGGAGGCCAAAAUAACUCAACAAGAAGAUGGUGUCAAAAUAAAGAACUUAUAUAUAAUAGAGCUUACGUCUUGAACGACACUGCUUUGUCUUGAGAGGUUUUCGCAUUGUUCCGUUGUCUUGUGGCUUGCCGUUUUAGAAUGCCUUGUCAGUGUUGUUAAGUCAGUGCCUCGGGUGCAGGUUUUAACCAACAGCAAAAUUAGAAGAUGGUCAGGAAUAUUCUCUCUGCCGUAGUGUCGCGAUAGUCUGUACCAGGGUUGUAGCCAGCCUGAAAUCAUUUUCAGUCCCCUUGAUUUUGAAUGGGAAUCCUAUCGAGCACCGAAGGCAUGGCGUGACGUUGCGCGUCAUUUCUAGGGGGUCUGGGUCCCAGAAAAUUUUUAUAUCAAGACCCUCCGAAACACUAUUUCCUGCAUUUUGAGGUGCAAAUUUUCCUUGUAGACUACGCUGUUCAAUGGCAUCUGUUUUGGUGAAGAAGAACACAUGAGUUUCAGUUUUUUAAAUCUUUACAUUUUUGUCUGUCCCAGGGGACGGAAUGGGGAAAACUUUUUUCAGUCCCCAGCUGCAAAAUUCGUUCAAAGGACUGAAGGACAGGUGCUGGCUACAACCCUGGUCUGUACAAUUACGUCUGUGUCGAACAUGUUGGCAGCGUGUAUAGAGUGUGCUUUAGCUUCGUUCACGUACAUGUACAUGUAAAUCUUUAUGUGGACAUUAAUUUUCUUUGAAGUAAUGUCAGAUGAAAACUUUGUCAUUGAAAUCAGAUAUUAUCUUUCAAACUUGCCAUGAUCAUUGUGUGUUGCUAGUUAUUGGGUCAACUUUGUGUUAGAUAUAUUUAGGGUUAGUGUUGUGUAAGUUCUUCAUUUGAGAACAAUUAAUCCACGUUUUAUGAAUGCGUUUUGUACUUUUUAAUGUUCUUGUAUUGAUGUCUGUUACAGCGUCAGUUAUAUUUGCCU